UUUUCCACUUUCAAUCACUUUUUUUUUUCUCCCUGUCCUCCUCACAAGGCGCUCUUUAAGCCCCGGCGUUGCCACACAGAGCAGCCAUUCAUCGGCUCUACAGUCAGCCACACACACUCCCAUGCUGAACCGCUGGACAUCUAAAUUGAUAAAGCUGCUACUACUGAAAAAGGACUUCUAACCGACGCGGUGGAAAGGAUUUGGACACUUUUACGCAGCAGUAUGGCUUUGCCUGAAACGAGCCAGCAAUAACUGGGAUCAUUGGAGACUCCGGAUUUUCAUUUAAAACGAUUUAAACACGUCGAAUCGUUUGGACUCGUUCUAAAAACUAAUUCUGCAUAAAAGGAUUGUUGUGUAAUUAGUUGAAAUUAUUUUUUUUUUAAAAAUGUCUGGCGAGGAGCACAGCCUGUCCGAGGCGGAGCUGAGUCCCGGAGGGUCAGACGAUGGCCACUCACUGUCACCGACUCAACCCGGAGCGGCACCCGGACAGCACUCACCUCUGACCGGGCCGCCGCAGCAGCUGACCGCGCUCUGUGUGGGUGAUGGCAGCGGGGAUGAUGAAGGCAGAGCCAGAGCCAAAUCAGAGGAAGAGGACGACCGCUUCCCGAUCGGCAUCAGGGAAGCGGUCAGCCAGGUGCUGGACGGAUAUGACUGGACACUUGUGCCCAUGCCGGUGCGCGUAAACAACGGAAACAAAGCUAAGCCCCAUGUCAAAAGGCCCAUGAACGCCUUCAUGGUGUGGGCGCAAGCGGCGAGGAGGAAGCUGGCGGACCAGUACCCCCAUCUGCACAACGCGGAGCUUAGCAAGACUCUCGGCAAACUGUGGAGGCUGCUGAACGAGAACGACAAGAGGCCAUUCAUCGAGGAGGCAGAGAGGCUGAGGAAACAGCACAAGAAGGACUACCCGGAGUACAAGUACCAGCCCCGGAGACGCAAAAACGGCAAACUAACGACUACGAGUGAGUCCGAUAGCCAGGGGGAAGGGGAGGCCAGCCACUCCCAGUCACACUACAAGACCCUGCAUCUGGAGCACAAUGGUGGGGCUGGGUCCCCACUGGGCGAUCUGCACCACCACCACCAUCAUCACCACCAUCCUGCUGGUCAGGGUCACAGCCCACCCACGCCCCCCACCACCCCAAAGACAGAGCUCCAGUCCGGUAAACUGUCAGAUGCCAAGAGGGAGGGGGGAGCAGGAGCGGCUGGAGGAUCGGGAGGGUCAAGGGGGGCCCUCGGGGUGGGAGCUGAGGGAGCAUCCGGUGGUCCCUCAUCAUCAAGUGCUAAACCCCACAUCGACUUCGGCACCAUGGACAUCGGCGAGAUCAGCCACGAGGUGAUGUCCAACAUUGAGCCAUUUGACGUGAAUGAGUUUGACCAGUACCUUCCACCCAACGGCCACCCUCAGAGCGGAACUGGGGCCCCUGCAGCUGGAUCCUCAGCCUCGUCCUAUGCCUAUGCCCUGGCUGCGGCUAGCGGGCACUCCGCCUGGCUCUCCAAACAGCAGCAGCAGCCUCAGGCCUCUCCGUCUUCCUCCGACCCCUCCAAGGCUCAGAUCAAGAGUGAGUCUGCGUCCGGAAGCCACUACGCCGAGGCCUCAUCCUCUCCCUCCUCAGGCACCCAUGUCACCUACACCCCACUCAGCCUCCCUCACUAUGGCUCUGCUUUCCCCUCGCUGGCCUCCAGGGCUCAGUUUGAGUACGGAGAGCACCAGGCCCCUGGGGCGUACUAUGCCCACUCCAGCCAGGCCCCUGGGCUGUACUCAGCCUUCUCCUACAUGGGCCCUACACAGAGGCCUCUGUACACGACCAUAGGAGACCCCUCCAGCGUUGCCCCCUCUCACAGCCCCACACACUGGGAGCAGCCUGUUUACACCACACUCACAAGACCUUGAGGGAGACCAGCUGAGCAGAGGGAAAUAUGGGAAGCGUGUGAGUGGAUCUGUGUGUGCGAAAUAUGUGAGCGUGUGAUUGUGUAUGUGCCUAUGUGUGUGUGUAAGUGUGUGUGUGUGUGUGUGUGUGUGUCCGUGCCAUAUUGAUGUUAUAUUAGAUGUUUUUACUUUUUUAGCCAAUAUAAUGCAAGAUGCAUCAACGGGGCCUUACACAGUUAUAAAACAGCCACAAACUCACACAGUAUAAAGUGUGAUUAAUGGGUCAACAGCCAAUCAAAAAUAAGAAAACCUUAACAAACGUGUGCCAUCAAAAAUGUACGAGUUGAGAUGUGUAGUGACGAGGUUGAUGAGCGAAAGAGACACUUGGGAGUGGACAAAUAUUGGACUGACUGAUUUGACCCAGACAUGAUGGGUUUUGACUGACAUAAUCAGAAUUUAUUAACCAAACUAAGGAUGUUUUUUGUGCUAUUUUAUAUGAGUAGUAAGUUUAUUGUCAUUGUUGAUAUCCUAGGGUGUAACUUUAUUGUGACUGAUUUGAUAUUACACAUAUACAUCUGCACCACUGCUUUGGGAAAAAGCAUGUUUUGUUUAACUAAGAUGUUCCCUGGGGUUGGUUUCUUUCAUGGCCAGAAAAGGAUAACUGCAACUUUUUUUUUUCUUCUUUGAUUCUGUAGAUAGCACAAUGUGUAUCUCUGUUCUUUACACUGACGUCACUGAACUCAACAAUUAAGCAUUUAAGGGGAACAAAUAGGAAAAAGAGAGGGAAAGAGAACUCUUAAAUAUGUAUUUCAACAUGUCGCUCAGUCUCGGACAUUUACCUCAGUUCUGAUCGUUUUGUGCCAAUAGCAAAGCAGAAAUCUGACCCCUGAUACCCGAUCAGCUGCAGAGAUUAAAACACUCAGAAACUCCACUUUAGAAUAGUCCUUUUUCAUUUUGCUUUUUAAGCGCCUAACAGUUUGCUGAUUCACCAUUGAUUUAUCGAAUAACUGAGUUGAAAUCUAUAAGUACAAAGUCUCAACCAAAUCUCUCGAGAUGAUUGGCCAGCUUUGGGUCCUGCUUAAGGAUUAGAAUCACAUGUGCGACCCGUUCUGCUUCGCAUGUAGGCCAAAACGGUUUCUUCCUAUGUUGUGCCCAAACAGCCCUCUUCGCCCUUCACCAGUGUGAAUAAUGGUCAUUACCACAGCUUUGACUGACACAUACUCUAUCAUUUUAUACUGACCCUUUUACCAUGUAGUUAUUAUUUUUAUGUAAUAAUGCGUCGUGUGUCACACCUUUGCUUUUUCCAUUUUGUAUAAUUCUGGAUAGUUUUGUAAAGUGUUUGCUAUACAUUCACUUGAGUAUUUUUUUUUUUGCUUCCUUACAAGAAAAGCAAUGUUGAAAUAUUAUUGUUGUCAUCUAUUAAAUCAAUUUAUUUAUAAAAAAAAAAAGAAUCCUGUGUGAGACUCAUUUAAUGGUUCAGAAAUAACACGUGGAGCCGUUAGCAAGGGAAGGGUGAAAAAGGUAAAUUAAAAACAUGCUGCUGACGUGUGAACUGUAAUAACAACACAAUCAGAGCCCCACCAAGCUAAGCUGUUUAGUGUGUUUGUGUGUGUGGUAGGUUAAAAUUGACUACUAAUUCCCCGCAUUUAAUCGGCUGGGGACUGCGUGUUACUGGGAAAGACAAAGAGAGCCAUUCAGCGAGGCAGAGGGACAGAAAGAGAGAGAAGGGGUGGGUGUAAAGAGCCAGAGGCAAGGCCAAUUUCAGCUCAGUAACCGGUGUACACUUGGACUUUUGUACAUGGCUUUCCUUUCACGCUGCCCUCUCCUCUCCACCUGAAGCUCCCUCCCUGCCUCCAACAUUCAGCUACAGUUUAAACCCACUCAAAGGGCAUCCAAAAUUGAAAUGUCAAGCUCAUUAUUGGCAUUGAGGUGGAGAGUGUGGCACACAAAAGGGGGUGACAGAAGUCUUAAAAUGUAAGGCAACAAUAUUCAGAAUGAGGGGUGAGACUUGCAAUUACCACGGAGAAAACAGGGAAGGUAAGCUUUUCACAGAGCGACUCAAAUCCGGGGGACAGCACUUCAUUUUCAAAGAAAAAUUUAGGAAUCUUGGAAAACUUGAGUAAAUUCAGCCAAUCAGAUGAGACACAAGCACUGAUAAAAUCAUAUUGUGAGUCAGGAAAAAUAGAAUAAUGGAGAUGAAAAGACAGAAAAGUGAAGUGAAGAAGUGUCGCCUUAGGCCUUGCACUGGGGGUCAGGCAUAUGGAUUCUGUAAAGCGUCUUGAGACAAUUUGACCUGUAAUUGGUGCUAUAU